AUGGGAAAUAUUGACGAAAAUAACGAUUCUUUGAUAUUUGUUAACUAUACUGUAUGUGAAGAAGUUUAUAAAACCUAUAUGAAGCAGAGGAAAUGUGUUAAUGUAGCAGUGCAUGGAAAAGCAAUAAAUGAUGAAGUGGGUAACGAAAAUGAUAACGGAAAAAAUCAAAAAAAAAAUGUGAAAAAACUAGUUUCUUUUCAUAAUGAUCAAAUUACAAAAAAAAAUGAAUAUUUAAGUCAAAAUGAAAAAAAUAAUACUGUAAUAAAAAUACCAACUUUAAAAUAUCAAAAAACAGAUAAUAUAAUUAAAAGGAGGAAAACUUAUUUUUAUAACAAUGAUAAAUAUAAUAAAUUAAUGAAUGAGUUUAAACAACAGGAACUUAAAAGAAUCAAAUCAUUUCACUAUAUUUAUAAAUGGCAAAUUUCAAUAAUUAUAUUAUUCUUUUUAUCUAUAACUUUUUUUUUAAUUGGGAUAUAUAUCUAUUAUGAAUCUGAACAAGUUGUAGAAGUAACAAUUGAAUAUGAUUCUGAAACUAAAUAUAAAAUAUUUGAAAUAAAAAAAGAAAUGAAACAACCAAUUUAUAUACAUUAUAAAAUAUCAAAUUUUUAUUAUAAUUACAAACACUUUUUAAUAGAUGAAUCACAUUCAACUUAUGAUGGAAAACGAUGUAAACAUAUUAAAACUUUAGAAGACCUUUACAAGUUUAGAUGUAUAAAUGGAAAACAAACACUUCCAGAACUAACUCAAAAUUUAAAAAUAAAAAAUAAAUCGAAAAUAAAAAAUAGUAUUGUAGGCAAUGAAAAUGAUGAUUCUCAAAUUUUGGAUGAAGAAAAAUGUGAUAUAAAUAUAUUAACAGAAAAAGAAAAAAAACAAAACAUAUUUCCAUGUGGAUUAGUAUCUGCAUCUAUAUUUAAUGAUAAAAUAAGUUUAUCAGUUAAAAAUAAAAAUUUGGAAAUUAAUAAAUUCCCUAUUAUUAAUUAUUAUGAUUUAUUUUUUUAUUUAAAAAAACAUAAAAAAAAUUCAGAGAAAUAUCAAAUGUGGUUAAAUACCUUUUCCCAUGAAUAUAAAAACUGGUUUGCCCCCCCAAUGACAUCAUCUUUUAUUAAACCUUAUGGAAUUAUUAAAGAAGAUUUAAAACCAGGAAAUGAUUAUAAAAUUAUAUUUACUCAAAAUACAUGGCCAGAGCAAGCAUGGAAAUCAAAAAAAUAUUUUCAAUUAACUACUUUAAGGCCCAUUGGGAAUGCAACAUUUGAACUUGCUUAUGCAUUCUUUUUAUUAUCUUUUAUUUAUUUUAUUAUUCUUAUAGUAAUAUUUAUAUUAGCGAAAUUGAAUUUCUGUAAAUUAGGUAAAACUUUUGAUUAUUGUAAAAUGAUAAUUAACAAUAAAGAAAGUAAAUUACAUCCAAAAUAUCAGAUAGCAUAUUCCAAAAAAAAAUUUUACUCUAUUAAAAAUAGUUAUUCUUUACGAAACGAUAAGUUAUUAACUAAGAUAGAUAGUUCUGAAAAUUGUAUUAAUCAUAAAAAUAUUCAUAAAAACGUAUGUAUUUGUCCAUUACAUUAA